ACUCAGAGAGCAGUUAGGGACCAGCACAGAUGGGACAGCAGCCCACUGCAGAGGCAGAACGCAAUUGGACCCUAAACCUGAAAGAUCCUACCUGUCAUCUGACCAAUAAGGCUGCUCUUCUGGGGAGAGAGGCAAAGCCUCUUUUUGUUUCUUUCUCACAUAAACAAGACAAACCUGGACCCAGUAAAACCAGGAAGGAGGACUAGGACACACAGCACACUUGAAGGAUGCAGGACGGGAGUUGGAAUCAGCCACUCCCCAUGUCUGUGCUGCUGAAGGACCCGGCUUCAGGCGGGACUUUGGAGGGGGAUGGAGGUGUGUUUUCGGAGGCUUCUUCUGAUGGAGAACUCUACCUCGACUCAGCAACAGAACUGGAUUCUGGAGAUGGAGCCUUUGCAGACCUUUCUGCCUUCCUGAGUGCUGAUGAGAUUAAUCAUAGUCUGGACCUGGCCCGGGAGGCCUUUGGUGAUGAGGGAGAAGAUCCAAACUCCUCUAUUCUUACACAACCGGAGCAGGUUCUCCAGUCCGUCACUUCUCUUUCUGUUCCUCCUCAAACUAAUGAAAACCUCAGCACAAGUCUAAACCUUCUCCAGAACAAACCUCCCUGCCCUGAUGAGAACAAACCCGUUUCCUCCAACCAGAACACUUACACUCGCAAACCAGUACAAGCGUCCAGUGAUGCUCCACCCCCUGUUGAGAAGGUGGUCCGUCACAAACCAGUCCAGCCAGUGUAUAAGCAGGAUAGACCCAGACUGGUCCAUGAAGGCCUGGAGCUGAAUGACCGAGCUGCUUCAGCUAUAGAGUUCUGCAGCCGAGCCGCCACUUUCAUCGAGGAGCUGUCAUCCAUUUUUAAAGGUUCUGCCCAUUUGGAGCAGCAGCUGGAGGAGGAAUCCUCCUCCCCCGAUAGUGGCUACCUGUCACCAAAGAGCCAGCGGCCAGGUCUUCAGGGCUCAGCCUCUGCUCCCUCACUGCCUGCAGGCCAACAAGAGGAUGUGCAGAGCAGCCAACCAGAAAUGGGCCUUCUCUCUGAAGGACCAGCAGGACAGGCGGGUUCUGAAAGGCAUCAGUUUUCUGGGGCUCCACCAACAUGCGGACCUCUGUCUCCUCCUCAGUUCCUCCAGAAGCUGAAGAGUCAGGAAGUUGCAGAGGGGUGUCCAAUUCGUCUGGAGUGCAGAGUCCGAGGAAAUCCACUUCCUCUUGUCAGGUGGUUUUGUGAAGGCCGUGAGCUUCAAAACUCCCCUGACAUACAAAUCUGGAGGGACGGUGACCUGCACACUCUGGUGAUCACUGAAGCCUUCGAGGACGACACGGGACGUUACACCUGCAUCGCUUCCAACAGUCUCGGAGCGGACAACACCUCUGCUGAGGUUUACAUUGAAGGAGCGUCUUCGUCUGACUCAGAAGGAGAAGGAGCAUCAAAGUCAAGAUCAGGAGCCAUGCCUCAAGCUCAGAAAAAGACCAUGUCGAUGUCCUUGACGAUACGUUCGUCUUCACCCAAAGCCCCGGAGGUGCUACCUCACCGCUCCUCCCUGGUCCAGUCCAUGUCCCAGCCCCCACAGCGGAUGCAGAGCCCGGUGUUACCGCUGCAUGGUGGUGAGUUGGCAGGUCCUCCACUGUUCACCAAGCUCUUGCAGGAUGCCCAGGCGUCAGAGGGCCAGGUGGUGGUUCUGGAGUGCAGGGUCCGCGGGAGCCCACCCCUGCAGGUCCAGUGGUUCCGUCAGGGAAAGGAGAUUCUGGACUCACCAGAUUUUCGUAUUCUUCAAAAAAAACCUCGAUCUGCAGCGGAGCCAGAGGAGAUCUGCACCCUGGUGAUCUCUGAGGUCUUUCCGGAGGACGGAGGUCUGUUCUGCUGCACAGCGUCCAACUCAUACGGCUCUGUCAGCAGCACAUCUCAGCUCAGCGUCACUCCAGCAGCUGAGGACUCAUCCAGUAAUGGUCUGUCUGGAGGUAGCUCAGGAUUGGAGGAUGCACUGUCCUUCCCUCCACCUCCUCCACCACCACCCACAGAGAUCAGCCUCCUGGAGCUUCCACCCAAGCUGUUGCUUCAACCCGGUUCAGAGGCUUUCCACGUCAGAGAGCUAGAAAUCUGGCCCAGUGUGUCGGCUCUGCCUCCAGUUCAAAUGAGCUCAGAGGGAGAGCUGCAGGAACCUCUGCAGAAUGGUCAAUCCCAACAUACACCAUCGCCUCCAAGCUUACCUAAAGAGCCCAUCUCCCUUCCUUUACCUCUGCCGGAGACUGGCCCUACGACAAAUGUCCUAGCUGCAGCACCAAGUCACAUGGUCCCAGAUUCUCCGCCCAACCCAGGAAAGCUGUCUCCAUCACCUGGGAAAGACGCUGUUCCACUUCCUACCAAGCCAAAGCCCAAGCUGAACGCCUCCCAACUGAAGCAGCUGCAGGACCAGAUUCUGUUGGAGCAGCAGGAGGCGGCCAACUGGCAACAGCAGCAGGAGCAGCAGAAGCAGGACCUCCCGCCUCCUCCUCAGCAACCACUUGAGGAACUACCUCCGCCUGCUCCACCGUCUCCUCCUCUUCCCCCUCCUCCCUCCUUCCAGGAGCUGGAGAACAGCACAGCCAUGCAGGCCAGCACCUUUAACUACGCCCGGCCCAAGCAGUUCAUUGCUGCUCAAAGCCCUGGCGGGGCCGCCUACAUCACGCACUCCUCCGGUUCUUCUGGGUCCAGCCUGUCCUCCCCCAUUUCUCCUCCCACCUCCCACAAGCCCUUCAGCAGGGUCGCCCUGCCUCCUUUCACCAAGGCGGGCAGUGUGGAGUCUCCGAGCUCUCCUUCAUUCCCGCCUCCACCUCCACCCUUCCUCGGCUCCAGCAACGUGUCUUCUCCAAUAGGUCCUACCCAGGAUUUCCCCCCUCCUCCCCCUCCGCCCCCUCCACCUCUCUCCAUGUCCCCCGCCCUCUCAGAUGUAUCCUCGCCAUUCUCCUCUGUGCCUCCAUCUCCUGCCUCCAGCUUUUUGUCCUCGGUUCUGCCCUCCACACCUCCUACCCCCGGCAGCCUGGCGAUCAACAGCCUGGGCCUACCGAAGGGAAAUGGGACUGUCAAAGCUUUCCCGAGGAAGUCCUCAGUCACCAAGACGCCGCGGAUCGUUUCCGACUCAGACAUCCAGGGCUCGAAGGACGCUGUCAUCCAGGAUCUGGAGAGAAAGCUGCGCUUCAAAGAAGAGCGCAUAAGCAAUGGGCAACAGAGGUUAACCUAUGAGGAGAAGAUGGCUCGCAGACUGCUGGGAGCUGACAACGCUGCCACAGUCUUAAACACACAGGAAACAGAGGAGGAGCCUGUCACACAGGAAGAACGGUCAGCUGAUGAAGAUCUUUAUCCUCAAAAGGAAUACAAAGUGUCCAGCUUUGAGCAGCGUCUGAUCAGUGAGAUCGAGUUCCGGCUGGAGCGUUCUCCGGUGGAGGAGUCCGAUGAUGACGUUCAACAUGACGAAGACUCAGCCGGGCGAGGCGUGGCGCCCUCCUUUGACCAGAAGCUCAAACACUACAAAGUGUUUGAAGGCAUGCCAGUCACCUUCUCCUGCGAGGUCAGAGGAGACCCCAAACCCAAGGUUUACUGGUUUAAAGAUGGAAAGCAGAUCUCCAAGAGGAGCGAGCACUACAGGAUCAGCCGAGACCCGGAUGGUACCUGCUUUCUGCACACUGCAGCAGCAUCGCUGGAUGACGACGGCAAUUACACCAUCUUGGCAGCCAAUCCUGAUGGCAGGGUGAGCUGCACCGGCAGGAUGAUGGUCCAGGCGGUGAACCAGCGCGGCCGCAGCCCCCGAAUGGCACCCGGACAAAUGCGCCGAUCCAGGUCCAGGUCUAGAGACAGCGGAGAUGAGAAUGACAAAAUCCAGGAGCGUCACUUCCGCCCCCACUUCCUGCAGGCACCUGGUGACCUCAUCGUCCAGGAGGGACGCUUGUGCCGAAUGGACUGUAAGGUGAGUGGUCUUCCCACGCCCGACCUCGUCUGGCAGCUGAACGGACAGACCAUCCGCCCCGACUCCGCUCACAAGAUGCUGGUGAGGGAGAACGGCGUGCACUCACUGGUCAUCGAGCCCGUGACGAGCCGCGACGCGGGCAUCUACACCUGCAUCGCCAGCAACAGAGCCGGCCAGAACUCCUUCAACCUGGAGCUCAUUGUUGCAGCCAAAGAGAUGCAUAAGGUUCCCUCGUUCAUCGAGAAGCUGCAGAACACAAGCGUCGCUGAGGGUCACCCUGUGAGGCUGGAGUGUCGCGUCACCGGCGUUCCUCACCCUCAGAUCUUCUGGAAGAGGGAGAACGAGUCCUUCACACACAACACAGACAGAAUCAGCAUGCACCAGGACAACUGUGGUUACCUGUGUAUGAUAAUUCAGCCAGCUCUGAAGGAAGACGCUGGCUGGUACACGGUUUCUGCCAAGAACGAAGCCGGCAUCGUGUCCAGCACUGCACGCCUCGAUGUUCACGCUCAGUGGCAGCAGCCAAACCUCCCCAAGCCCAAGAAGGUGCGUCCCUCCACCAGCCGCUACGCCGCGCUGACAGAGAGGGGGCUGGACGUGAAGGCGGCCUUCUUCCCCGACUCCAGCCCUCUGCCGCCAGGAGGCCUGGUGGAAAGUGAAGAUCUGUGAAGAACUGGACGAGGAUUUGCAACCAGGACACCCCCCCCCCCGUGAGCCGCCCAGCACCCCUGCGACAUACCUAAAGACAACGAGGACAGAAAUCCUGUCCACCACUGAACUGCAGAAACAAAAAGCAAUGCGCUGGUGCUGCCGAGGUCUUCAUGCAUCCCCUUGUUCAGGAGCAGAAACUGUCCUUUAACGUGCCUCUCACUUCAGGAAGCAUUCAUAACAAUGCAGCAAAGUCCCUAUGCAUGUUCAAAUGGUGCCAGUCACACACACUAACUGUCAGUAGGUAGCACCUUUCACCAGUCACGCGCAGAGAAGAAACCAAAGAGAUCCAGACUGUUUCUGUGGGCUAGUGCCGAUGUCUGGUCUCCGUCCGGGUCUAGCUAGCGGAGCUGAAGCGUCCUUUCAUUAAGACACAAGGUUUGUUUUAAAAGAGUGUGUGUGUGCGGAUCAAGUCAAAGUGGUCUUCAUGGUGGAGAACGUUCCUGAACAGUUCAUAUCUGACCAUCUAAGCAUCUGAACAGCUUUAAUCUAAAACAUGUUUACAGCUACUGUGGUUUAUAAACCGUUUAUUACACUUGCCUAUCAGAAUGUAAUGGUCCAAGAGCAACAGCAGGCUAGUCAUGAUCUAUAAAGUAAAGUUUUGUUAGAUUAGAGCUGUUUAAAGGCAGCAGAUUCAUCCAUCCAUCUGCAGCAAUCCUUCCAAAGUCAGGCUGAAGAUGGAUCAGGUCCACGAGGAAAAUCCAGACGUCCCUCUCCCCAGGGACACCCUCCUAAUCCUCUCGGAGGAUCACAAGGUGUUCCCAGGCCAGGAAGGAGUUCUGGAUCCAUCCUAGGACCUCCUCCCAGUGGGAAGCAGCUCUAUCCGUAGGCGAGGGUUGAACCGGUUCAGCUCAGCUGCAUCUUCGUCCCACCUGUGUGAAGAUGAAGUCCUGACCCAUCAGUCCACCGCUCGUUCUGUCCCAACCUGGAUAAAGGUGGAAUGUUUUUCCAGCUUUAGAUUUGGAGGAGCUCACUGGUCAGAACGAACAUGAAGGAAUGACGAUGGGAAGAGUGGGAACGACAAGUGGAAGCAGACCGAGGGAGGGAAGUGGUGAUGUUUAAUUCUGGUGAUUCUUUUUUUCUUUGCUGGUUUUGUUUUUUAGACGCGUGAAUUCAUCCUCACUCAGAAGCAAAAGUGCUGUGAAGGUGCGCCUCUCUCUCUCUCACACACACACACACACGCACGCACACACACACGCACGCACGCACGCACACACACACACACGCACGCACGCACGCACACACACACACACACGCUCCCUAUCUUUUAUCUCUAUAUGAAACUAAAUCCUGUUUCCUCUCCCAACAAACAGGAAUUCGGGCAGGAAAAUGAAGUUUUAUAAAUAUAUUUACUGCCUUAAAUCACGUCAAUUAAACACUUUUAAUUCUUUGCAUGUUACUUUUGGACACUCGUACGGUGCCAAUCAGCUUUUAUCUGGAUGUAUAAAACAUAACUUUUUAUUCAGGGGUAAUAAACAAUCAAAAAUCAAACAAAAAUGUAAGAUUAAAAUAUAUUUAUAUCUAUUAUUUUGCCUCCUCUGUGAUACUUUACCAAUUAUACAUUUUUGUGUCUGGUAGGAAGUGACAUCAGCUGACAUUUACAGCGCUGGCACGGCUUCAUGCCAUUGGACGCCUGUUUAUGGACUGUUCUAAUGUUAUUUUAGGUUCAGAACUGUAAUAAAAUUUAAAUUCUUGA